CAGGGAAAGUUUCCGACUUAACGAUAACAGAGGCGCCAAGAGGCAUAUAUACAUGGAUGCAGAUUUCCUGGAGAGCACCUGCCAUUCUAUUUUGGAAUAGUAUUAUAAAAGAAUACAGCUUAGACCUCAGUACCUCAGGUAGGAAUGCAACGACACAGAGUUUGUCACAUGAAAAUGAUGAAAAUCAUGACUAUGCAAUAAUUGUGACCGUGGUACCUGAAGAGACAUAUACAUUUAAGGUGUAUGCUACAAACAGCCUGGAUAUGAAGGGUGAAUUUUCCACUGUCGUGAAACAAGCCCCAGCUGGAGUCCCAGUUAAUAUAGAAGACACGUUGCAAAUCGAUAUAAUAUCUUUGCAUCAAAUGAAAAAUGUUGAAGAUAGACAGUUCACUGUAACAUUAGUGCAGGACUUUUUCGAGGAGUCAACAAACGGGCAAAUACAAGCAUCCGGGCUUAUUGCAUGUGCGAAGGACUGCAACUUCGAAGGCAUAAAGACACUUGCAGAUUUCAACACAAUGGAUAAUUGGCAAGUGGCAUCACAAAUGGGUUUCACAUUAUAUCGUGUAACCAAUCCAGCAUGGAUGGAUAAGUUGGAAACACAAUGUACACGUGGUAGAAGUAAACGGGCUGUAACAAAUGUUGAUUUUACUGUUGGUAGUGAUGAUUGUACCAACACUCCUCAAAAGCAGUAUUGUAAUGGACCACUUAAACCUGGCACAAGUUACAAACUUGUUGCAGUAUCAUGCACCAACGGUGGAUGUCUCUUUAGUCAGGUGUAUGGACCUUUUGUAACAGCCGCUAAAGAACAAUCUAACGAUGGAUGUAACUGUUCCACGGAGUCCAUCAUUAUUGGCGUUGUACUUGGAUUUACAAAUCUACUUCUACUCGUUUAUGCGGGUUAUGCAACGUUUAUUAUCAGGCGAAACAGGGCCGGAAAAGAUGAACUAAACAUGAGCACAUCAAAUAAAAAUGAUCGUAAAAGUCAAACGUACGUGAAUGAAUCGUUUGUGGUAGGAGUCGCAGGUGUUGGGGGAAGUGAAGACUUGGAAACAUUUAGUAACGUUGCGCCUGGUAGAGAAUCUGAGACUGAAUAUUCCAGACUUGACGAUAAUACAAGGGAGGACAGAACAACUUAUGAUAUUAUUCAGUCCAGCCGUCAAUAUUAGUAUAAACUUCAACAGUUUUAGGGAUGAUAAGACUCCUAGCUUUCUAUAUGUGUUAUUUCUUUUAAAAUUAUUUGAGCGCAAAACUUGUCAUAAUGCAGCUUUAGCUGCGUACGCUCAGUUUUAUUACUACAUGUAUAUAUGUAUAUAAUGUAUGCACCAUUGUUAACUGUAUUUUACUAACAAAGAACUAACCACUCCUUUAUUCCGCUACGAAUCUAGACGUUAGUAAACACUACCACAUUUCAGUUACUCAUUAGGUGUAUUGUAUCAUUGUUUAGACAAAAUAUAUAGUGGAUAUCAGAAGCGACAUAGUUUUCAAACCUCGGCAAUCUUGUGCAAAUAAUGCAGUUUACAUGUAGUCAUGAGGAAUGCAGGUAUACUUACUAUAUUAGGUUUUCAAAAAAAAUAGUACUAAAACACUGUAAUAUCGUUUAUCCAUUUUUAUAAACGAACUAUCAACUCAGUUUGUACACAAUCACCGUGCGCACACAAUUUAUUCUUAUUAUUACAAAUGUUAACUGGACCCCAAAAAAAGCCUAUAGUUACGGAGAUUUACCCUGAAUAGUCAAUAUAGUUAAGGUCAAUUUUACCUUGUGAAUGUAUACUACGUAAAGCAGAAAGUAUAUGUACAUACCACAUGGUAACUAAAUUUCAUGUAUAUUGUCAUUCUAAAUGUACCGUGUAUUACCCUUGGAACUGUUUGCCAUGAAGAAAGUUAGAUAUGUUAUGCCCCAGUCCCACUAGAAAUGACUUUCCCUUCGGAUUUCACCUGGCAGCCACAUAAUAAAACCUGUCCCUAAAUAGUCUGCGUACUAAUAACACGAUGUUGAUGGCUUUGUCCUACGAAUACCAAAGACUAGUUUAGAUUGACAAUGGAUAAUCAUGGCUAGUCGUGGGACUGGUCUCGACCGGUCGUACGAAAAUUCAAUACAAGACAUAGCUCUCCAAGUCAUUAAAACCAUUUGUCCAUUUAAAGUUUCUUCCAUCUGCAAUUAUUUGGUCCAUUCCAGUUCUUGAUGCUUUGGUAAUACCUUCUGCUCACUUUUAGUUAUCAUUGCAUAAUUUGGUCGUUGAAAUUUACUGAUAAGCAGCGAUUCGCUUAAUUCAGUACUUUCACUAAUAACUCCGAAUAUAUGAACGAAAAAUGUGCCAGGGACUCGCAUGAUUCAAUAGUUGCCUUAUUAACCCGGAAUAUAUGAAAGCAAAAUCAUGUUUUUAUAUUCCUCUCAAUACACUAGAAUUUGUAAGCUACAUGUAGCCGUUAAUUUUUCCUUUAAGCCAAAUAUGUCUAUAGUUAAACUUUGUAGAUGGAUUAAUUCAACAAAUCUGAAUGGUAUUUUUUAAAACACACAUUCUGUAACUGAGCUACUAUGCCCAAAAUUAUACUUUUCAUUAUAUUCAAUGUUAUUGAGCUUAAUAUAUUAUCAUUAGUAAAAUGCAUAAAUAUAAGUUUUAUAUCGAUUCUUCCUAUGAUAAAUUAAUCUAUGUGUAAUUGAUAUUACUGCAGAAAAAACCUCCAUUCAUCAGAUUGUUUUUAUAAUAUUAAAGUAAAUGUAAUGUGUGCAAGCUUGUCAAUGAACUAUUUCAUUGUAUAAGAGUGGUCUUGGUUAUGCCCUUAUCAGAAACGAGAUAUUUCAAAUUGAAUUUUGAUUUAACGCGUGUCAUUAGAUAAAGUGUUAUUUGACAACUUUCGCUUUAAGAAAAAAUAUGCACGUAGUAUGAAUAGCAGGUUUUACUUAUAUUUUGUUAAACAUUUAAAGUCUGUUUUAAAAAUCAUCGUACACAAUAAUGGCUUACAUGUUCUAUUUUUUAUAAAUUGGAUAAAUAAUAAUUAUUAACAGUGUGUUAAACUUUUCCAAAGUAAACAUUUAACUGGUGUUCAAAGUUUGCCUGUUUCAUAAGAAAAAUAUAAUAUAGAUUCGUUAAUUCUGUAGACAUAAGUAACUUUUAAAUGUUAAGUGUGGAUAUACUAUUGAAUAUAUUUAUCGAUUCGUAGUGUAUUUAUUUAUUUGAACCUAACAUUAAUUAACGUCGCAGACCGUUUUUGAUAAUUAUAUAAAAAUAAAAAGUACUACUUUUUACUACUUUUAUAUACUAAGUAUAAUUGUAGCAUACCAAUUUGAAGGAAAUAGACUAGAUUUGAAAUAACAGUGCCGCUUUUUAAUUGUUUCCUGUUAUUAUGUUUUUGAGAUUAAAAUAACUAUCGUUAAACAUAUUCUUGCAUUUAUGUAUGAUAAAGGUGAUUUUUAUAUAGGUACAUUAAGUAGUUUUUAAGAUAUUUACAUAUAAACGCGGUUGCAAACAGUGCGUAAUAUCAUUGGUUAAGUGUGUAAAUAUGCGCCUUAGCAAACCCAACCUGGAUUUUAUCGUGGUUACCACUGUUUCACCGCCAUCCAUCACAAUUCAGCGCGAUCCGUUGAGAUGUUUCAUCGCGAAUCGCCGUGGACAUUUUAUCUAUAAUAGCAGAUCGCGGGGUUUUAUAAAAAUCAUCGCGGUUUAUCACACUCUUUACUAGCGUUUCGAUGUGAAAUAAUCAUGGCGAUUUUCCACCCAGGGUAAAUAUUUGUGCUGAUGGUAAAUCGGAAAAAGCAAAAUUCAUGAGGCAGUGAUUAUUCUACCCAAGGCCUUUCAUGACUUAAAGAAUAAGUGUGUGAACUUUCAAUCAAUUCCAACAAGUGGUUACUGAGAUACCAUCUUACAUACAAAAACCGACACAUAGGAGAGUCCAAUAGAUCCACCUAUUCUUUUAAUAGUCGAGCUUAAGGGGACGCAUAUUGCUACAUUCACAGUUCAUACAGAAAUGAGGAAGGGGUGCAUAUUCAAGAAAUCGAUGGUGGGAAGAUAAAAAAAACAUAUUCCUAAACUGAUAUAAUACUGAUGGACACCUGUAAUAUUCAGUACUUUGUGGAUAAGGAUGUGGUACUAUGAAUGUAAUAGGAAAACAGAGGUCUUUGUGAAAGUACAUUCAACACAAAAUAUUAAGCUUUUGUAUAAGGAAAAAACAGGUUACGUCAUUUCAGCUCGGGAUGGACGCCAUAUUUCUCAUUGAUAAAAAAUGUAAACAAAAAAAUUAGCAUUGCAAGGGCAUAACAUGACAUUCUACACAAUGAAUACCUUAGAACAGAUAUCUAAGAUGCUACACAGGUCAGGCGGGUUAAAUGCAUAAUGUCGAUCACUUGAAAUUCAUCUUGAAAAGGUGGUUAAUUUUAGUUUAUUUACAUGGUUUUUAAUUUUCCCACAACUUCUCAGGGAUUCACUGCAAAAAGUAUUACUGCGCCGGACGAAAGGUAACUCUAAUAAACAACGGGAGACAACUUAGGUGUCAGCACGUGUAUGAUUUAAAAAAAAAACAUGUCGAUGAUUAUAAUUUCUUAUCAAAUAAUGAAUCCUAUUCAGAUAUUCGUCUUUAAUAUUAGAAAAUUAUUAAUUUCUGUGGACAUUUAUCAAAAAAUAUUACUUACAGUGGACUACUUUGCGCAUCAAACUGGUUUCCGCUUCAGUUGUGAGGCACUUCCGUUAUACUUUUUGACAACAAUAACAAAACACAAAAUGAAUCAAUAAAUUCACUUAUAAACCGACUGCUACUUACAUCAGUGUAAGUAUAGUUGUUAUUACAACAUUAUACUUGUUCAUUACGUUAUGAGAUAAAGUUAAUCUUGAACUGCAUAAACCAGUAAUUACGUUUAGGUGAUAUUGCAUUUACAACUUAUCUGACCCCGUUUUUUUACGUGAAUGACAGCAUUCUCGUGCAACUCGUGCAAACAGAGUUAUGAAAAGUAUGGUGGAGAAUUCAAGGACAAAUUAUAAAUGACAUUAAAGUGAGAAUAACUGUAUAUUCGUCCAGAUUUGAUCAUUGACAUUCCUGCUGUGUAUUAGUAAGUUUUGUGAACAAGAUUAGAAUGUUACUUUUGCACAUAUACACAUUGAUUGGACCUCUCAACCAAAUUUCAUACCUUAUUUUAGGGAUUUUUAAGACAAUACAUUUUCAAAAGUUUGUUGAAUGUGUUUCGAUAUUUAAGUGCAUUGUAGUUCAUAUAUACCACGUUGAAAAUUAAUAAUGGCAACAUUUCUAGGCCCUUAUUGUAAGCCACUCGACUUCUGUAACGAUAAAUGUUGAAUGUAUUAAGGGGAAUAUACUCUUUUAGUUUUGGAAUGUGGCAUUCCUUGACCACCGUAUCUUUUCUUAUGCACUACUUUGUAAACAAACUAAAUAAUGUGUUUUAGCUUACAUAUGCAAAAUGAAAAGCAAGACAGUGAACUUAUUUCACUUUUUUUCUUUAAAUUAGAAUCUGUAGGAGAUUGAUAAAUGUUUGGACAAGUUGAAGCACUAUUAUUUUCGCACAAAAAAGUAUUAAUUGUUGACUUUGAAUGUACACAAUAAGUCUUAUGUAAUUCAACAAUAACUUUCUUGUUUCAGUUUUUCUCAUUUUUAUUUUAGUGAGCAAUCCUUUGUGUACUUAUAACAGUUGAAACAGUAUCCAUUUCAUGUACCAAAACCUUGUACUUUUUUGCAGGUAAAUUUUAUCAUACCCAACCCACUUUUUCUGAUUUCAAAGUAUGCGUCCCCUUAAAUGUACGGUACCUUUUAAAUUUUUUUUUUCAUGUAACGUGUCAUGAUGGUUCAGUUACUAAAGCAUUACCGGUCUUUCAAAUACUUAAUCAGUGAGUCACCAAAUCACACGAGAGUUAUAUGUAAACAUUAUCCCAAUAGAUGAAAUAAAAAUAUAUCUCUUAGCUAAGGAGUGGGUUGCACCCAUGAGGUAAUCGCAAAAUAUGUAUAUGUUUGGAAAGAAUAUUUGACGCCAAUCCUAUAUCUACAUGGAACAUACUGUACCCUGUACAUAUUGUUUUACUUGGUUCAAUGCAAAUGGUAAAAGAUUGCUUUUAUCUUUCGAGAAAAUUUCUAUCAAAAAAAUCUUGAUUUCACGUACAUAGUUUACAUAUGAAUGGUAAAAAAAAUGAUAGGAAAAAAUGUAGUUAAAUAUUACAAGUGUAAAUACACACAAAACUACAACAUAGAGAUUUUAAUUAUUUCACUUCAUUCUUUAAUCGACAAAUUUGUCAAAAUUUAAAAGAAAACCUUACUCCCUUUCUUGAUGUAGGUAAAACUAAAUAAUAUGAAAAUCUGAGAAGAAUGUUUCGGUAUAAUACAGUACAACUGUUACUAACGGAACACCAAAGGGAACGGUAAAAAGUGGUAUCUUGACACAAAUGGUCUCAUAAUACGAUAUAACACUUAAAUGAUAUGGAACGGGAUUUAAAAAGUGGCCUCUUGAUGCAAGUAGUCUCUUAUUAGACGUGGUCUCUCUAGAACCUUUGACUGUAUUUAUGUCAUAUGUCGUCU